AUGAGGCAGAUACUCAAGGAGGAACCGGUGCCACGUGCUUGGCCGCAGCCCGCCCUCGCCGACAACGGAACGGUCGGCGUGGGCCGGGCGCAUUUCGAGAAGCAACCGCCGAGUAAUCUGAGGAAGAGCAAUUUUUUCCAUUUCGUAAUCGCCCUUUACGAUCGACACGGCCAACCGAUCGAGAUUGAGAGGACGUCGUUCAUGGGCUUCGUCGAGAAAGAUCAGGAAUCCGAGGGCCAAAAGACGAAUAACGGCAUCCAGUACAGUUUGCAUCUGCUCUAUUCCAAUGGUGUCAGACAGGUGCAGGAUAUCUACGUCAGGCUCAUAGACUCCGCGACGAAACAAGCGAUCAUGUACGAAGGGCAGGACAAGAAUCCGGAGAUGUGCCGUGUUCUGUUGACGCACGAGGUCAUGUGCAGUCGAUGCUGCGACAAGAAGAGCUGCGGAAACAGGAACGAGACGCCCAGCGAUCCCGUGAUCAUCGACCGAUUCUUCCUCAAGUUCUUUCUCAAGUGCAACCAGAACUGCCUCAAAAACGCGGGCAAUCCACGCGACAUGAGACGCUUUCAGGUGGUCAUUUCCACGCAAGUGGGGGUGGAGGGCCCGUUGCUCGCGGUCUCGGACAACAUGUUCGUUCACAACAACAGUAAGCACGGGCGCAGGGCGAAACGCUUGGACCCCAGCGAUCCCGGCGAGUACAACAGUUUGUAUCCGCCGAUACCGCUCCAAACGCCGUGCAUAAAAGCGAUAUCGCCUAACGAGGGUUGGACGGCGGGCGGAUCCACCGUCAUAAUCAUCGGCGAGAACUUCUUUGAUGGACUACAAGUCGUUUUCGGGACAAUGCUGGUGUGGAGUGAGCUAAUCACCCCGAACGCGAUCAGAGUGCAAACACCGCCGCGACAGAUACCCGGUGUCGUCGAGGUGACGUUAUCGUACAAGAGCAAGCAGUUCUGUAAAGGAGCCCCCGGCAGAUUCGUCUACGUCUCGUUGAACGAACCGACGAUCGACUACGGCUUCCAGAGGUUACAGAAGCUCAUUCCGCGCCACCCGGGCGACCCGGAGAAGCUGCCGAAGGAGAUCAUCCUGAAGAGGGCGGCGGACCUGGCGGAGGCCCUUUACAGUAUGCCCAGAAGCGGUAACACGGGGAUCACGGGCGCGCCGAGGAGUCCCGGCUCGGUGCACGCGCCCGCACCACCCACGUCCAGUUCGGCGACCGCCUUCAACUCGUACACGGGGCAACUGGCUGUGACGGUGCAGGAGAACGGUAGCGCGGCCAAAUGGACGGACGACGGUAGUUCCGUGACGACAGGAGCCGGCGCCGGCGGGGGAGGAGGCGGCGGGGGCGGUGGUGGCGGCGGCAGCGGCGGAAGCGUCGGAACCGGCGUCGGCGGUAACGCUGAUGCCUACAGACAAAGCAGUAGCGCGAGUCCACGUGGCGUCGUAACCGGCGGUGGUUACUGCGGUAGUUCGGCCAGCACGCCCCACAGUCACAGUACCAACGGAAGUUACUCCGUCGCCAAUCCGUACACCGGCAGCCCGACCCUCUAUACCUCGCGACUAGGAGAGGUGGUCGGUUCGCCCUUCAACAUGAACCCGUUUAUGUUGCCCACCUGCAGCCAAGGGUACUCGGCCGCCGCCAGUCCGCUGCUCUCGUCGAACGGCAAAUAG